AGGAUGUUGUUGUACGCAUGCACUUUUUUUCCUCGGACAUCUCUUUUUAUUCUGAUCUAACAACUAGUCAAGAUGCAGUCCCCCUAGACAGUAUACCCUGAAUCAGCACCGGUGUGUUAUUGUUUUGGACAGUUGUUUAUUACACGGAUGCGCGGCUCAACAAGAUGUGGCGCAGUGAAGAAUUGUAUGCGAACGAUAAAUUGGAAGAGCCAAUCAAUAGGCUGCUAGUCCUCAACAAUGAAUAACGAGAGAACUUUUUUUGGGAUAAAUUCCUAGUCAUUAACAACAUUCAUCCUAGGUAUUAUCUCCGCGCCACGCAAGUACGCAGGAGCUUGCGCUUUGUCCGCCCGACGUUUUGGAAAUUUAUAUCUCGAUAACUGAUCAACAUUUUGUUGUUUGUUGACACUACUAACUGCACUUUUGUUGUUUGUUGACACUACUAACUGCACUUUUUUUCGGUUCGUAUAAUCAUUAUCCGUGUCUCCAUCUGCUCUUGUGAUCUGUCUUUGUACGUAUGAAUGUCUUGAAUAUGUGAUCUACCUGUAAUUGAUUGCUUUCCCUAUCCUAUUGUGCAACUGGUGGUUAACAUCCAAUUUACUUCUAACUACGAAAAUCAAUAUGAAACAAUACAACCAUGUCAUCAACAUCAACUUCUUCAAUGUGGAAGGCGUGCCGCACGAUUUUGUGUUGGUCGAUUGGGUCACAGGAGAUGGGAAAUGAAGAUUCCCAUUAGAGGUCACGCAAUCUUUGAACGCGGCACCCCCAAUCUGCCGCGUAUCCCCAUCUUCAAUGCUACAAGUACAACGAGUAGUAGACCAAAUCAUUCUACAACUACAAAUGGAAAUCAUGUUCCCAGUCGAGCUAUUUCAUCAAAUAUCGUAGAAAACAGCACGGUCGCUAGAAAUUUGUGCUGUUUGGACGGCGCAGAACAUCAUCAGAACACGAACAUUCUUCCAGCAGGAAGAGUUUUUUCGGAAAAUAUCAAGUAUCCUCUGCUAGGGAUGCCGACAAGCAGUAGCAUGAAACAUAGCGCAGGAGCGCUUUUUGCGGCUGCGGCGCAACCAUUAGCAGCACGGCGGUGGCAGGAUGGCGGCAGCUCGUCCUCGACACGGCCAGUCUGGGUGCCGCAGGAAGAGGAUGGAGAUACAAGUCGUGCUGUCGAGAGGAGACACAGCGCAGUAAAGCUAGAGUCUGGAGACCAUAGCAAGGACAACAAGCGAAGUCGAAGACGGAGACAACAACGAUGUGGAGGAGAUAGAACAAGCAUUCAUCCACCUGCAAACUCGAUUUUUUAUGCUGGAAUGCCAAACGGCUUUAUGCGGUCACGGGCAGUAUUCUGUGAGCACAGAGGACCAUCGAACUACAGGGAGCACAUUUUGUCUUACAAUGAGCAACAACAGCUGUCGAAUAAAGGACCACAUGCUAGUUCCAAUGCGACUGACUGCAAAGCAGCACCAGCAGAAGUACCUCCCUUUAGUAGUGCAUCUACCUCAACCGGACUUCAUCACGACCCCGUUAGUUGGCACGAAUGCUACUUGAAAGUGAAAAAUACGAUGUUUCUGAACGACGUAGCGAAGAGCUCUCAACUCGGAAAUAAUAGUUCUGCAUCUCCUGCUGUGAGCUGUGGCGGCGCGCCCUCAUCUUCUACCGCGUCGGCCGAAGAUACUAGUAGUGCGACCUCAUCAUCAUCCACAACAACAUCUUCCGAUCAAGGUUCUCAUCUUCGUCUAGGUGAUGAAAAUACUAAGCCCGCCCGUCGCUCGUCAGCGCAAUUAUUCAACCGUUAUUCUCAAGGUGGCGCUAGUUCGGUUGCACGAGCAGUGAGGUCUCGGAAUCUGAUAGGCGAGACCAAAUCAGCGCCAGGACGCAUGACGACGGGAAGUGGAGAUGUCACAUCAGCGGGACGACAAUCCAGGCUCCUAGAUGACGACGCAUCGACUUUUUCAGAAGACAGCUAUCUUGAUGAACGAGAGACAAUAGCAAGGGAAACAUCGAACCCACGUAGCACAGGUCUCCACCUGGUGACACCACCUGCACCAGGUGGAGACCUGAUCAGGCGUCGUUUGAGUCAACGAGCUUCGAGAGGGGUGCCAUCGAUCCGGCUCGUGGCAUCUCCUGGAUACGUCCCGCAACACCACAGGACGUACAGUACCGCAGCUGGGGGAUCCAGGUUUUCGAUCAGUAUGAAUUAAGGCUCAGCUUUCAAUGGUCAUUGGGGUUGGUCACUGAGAUCCCUCUUGAGAGAACAGGGGAAAAUGAAGGAAAAGCAAAGGGAGAGGCAUGGGGCCCAUUUCUUUCAGAGUCAGUGACCAUUGAAUGCUGAGCUUUAAAUGAAGCGGUCGCAUAUCGUGCGAGAAAACCACUCGAGGUUCGAAGAGGUGUACUCAGCGGCGAAUAAACUGGGAGAGGGAGCUUUUGGGGUAUUUUUAGAGGCUUAUCACUUUUUGCUUAGACUAAGUUUUUUGUCUAGAUCUCCUUCAGGUCAACAGUAGCUACAUUGUUCUUAGGCUCCUUCAGUGAAGAACGUCAACAUUAUGAUCAGUCAGCACUCUUAUAAUAUUUCCUUCUCGCACCCAUCUUCAACUUCUUCACCCAUCUUCAACUUCUUCACCAAUGAACACCACCACGACAGACUGUAGUCCGCGCGGUGCACAAAAUGUCUGGUUUAGCCCGUGCCGCCAAGAAGAUCCCCAAACUAGCUCUAGAGGAUACGGUGAUGUUCGAAAAUGAGGUUUCGAUUUUGAUGGAGCUGGAUCAUCCCCAUAUUGUGAAAUUAGUGGAGUUCUUCGAUCAGGACGAUGAAUACGUAUUGAUUUUUGAGCUGUGCCAGGGUCCAGACCUUUUCGACCGCAUCGUAGAGGUGUUGGACGAAGCACCUCGAUUCGGCGAAGUGGAAGCGGGUCGUUUGCUGAGGCACAUGCUGAAAGCGAUUCUGUGUUGCCAUUCUCAUGGGAUCAUCCAUAGAGACAUAAAGCCAGAGAAUUUCAUGUUCUCAAAACAAGAUCCAAAGAGUGCUUUGCAGAUGAUCGAUUUGGGGUUGUCGGAAUUCUAUCGAGCUGGAUCAGAACAUCGGAGCUCGACGCCAAUAGGGACCAUUGCUUACAUGUCGCCGGAGAUGCUGCAAGGUACUUAACUCCGUUAAAGGACUAUUUUCUUGGUUGAGAAGAUCAAUUGGUCAUGAAGUACUAGCCUUCCCUGUUGAAGCUUUGGUUCUUGUACUGGGCUACAACAUUUUUAUGCACUUGACCAGUCUACUGUCGAGUUGGUUACCACAGAUUCCACAGAUACCACUUCUACUAAAAAGUACAAAAUACCAGGCGAACCUUACGACCGCCAGUGCGAUAUCUGGUCUUUGGGCGUCAUCCUUUGGGCUCUUCUAAUGGGCGAACCCCUCUUCACUCACGAUUGCGACAUCCUGUGCGAAAGGCAAAUCCUAGAUCCACGAUAUUUGGAUAAGGAGUGGAAGAAAACCAUACCGCUACUAAGUCCAGAAGCAGUGGACUUGUUGCAGCGAAUGCUUACCAGGGAUCCAGCAGAGCGACUCACUGCGGCAGAAGCAUUGAGACAUCCGUUCAUUUUAGACUCCUACUCACCUGAUGAUUACACGGAAUUGUCAUAUCCCCCACCAGGAGGAAUGGCGAAAGCGUUGGCGAGCACAUUCGAUACCAACUGCGUCCAGAAGAUGGCAGAGUACGUGCAGAUGCCGGCUUUGAAAAGGGUAUAGCGAUUGUUAUUUUUAUCGUUUUCGCUUACGCUUAGAAGUUUGCGUUGGAAUUCCGAAAUAUUGAUAUGUUGUCAUGAUCUAUCUUUGCUAACGAAGGCGAUUCACAUUGAAAUAAUUUCCUUGCAGCUGCCAUUCCAAAACGACACCAUCAAGCACUCAAUAAAUCAGGUCGGCCUCUUCGUCUUCGCGCAUCUUUGCGGCACCGAUGGCGAAGAUUUGCGUUUGUACCGAGUUACCUUUAGACAGUUGGACAAGCUGGGCUCAGGAGUAUUGCUCAAAAGCGAUCUAGUGGAAACCUUUCAGGCCAGAGGUGUGGAAAUCCCACCGGACUUUUCUACUGCGGUGUUGCCUUUUGUAGAUAGCCACCAGUCGGAGAGUUUGCACUUCUUGGAGUUCCUGGCUGCAACGAUAGAGGUGCAGAAGGUACUGCCAGCAGAUUUGGACUUGCUUUUUUCGGCAAGCUAGACCCAUUCAUGGAGAUUUCGUGGAUAAUGAUUUUUAACAAAGAGUAGGUCCUCUGCUCCACCAACGAGCAAGAACUCUUGAUGUUCUACAUCAUAGAUGUGUUUCUUUUUCCAGCGGCACACUCUUCAUCUCUACCCUGAAAAUACCUUCAGGUCGACAAAUUCGAACGUAUCCUGCAAGCGGUAUUUAUCAUGUUGGAUAGCGACAAGUGUGGUGUCAUCUCUGUAGAUGACAUGGCGGAUUUACUGACAAGCAACACGCGGGAACAGCUUGAUGAAAUGUUACGAGAAGUGGCUCCAAACGGUCAAAUGAACUACGCCGAAUUCCGAAACAUGAUGCUGCAGUCUUCAAGUGCUGGUAGUGGUGGGAGGUGA